AUGGCGCGUGGAUUUGACCGUAGCGGUCUUAUCGUCUUCUUGACCGCUAUAUACGUCUGCUCAUCACUAUCCUCCCCAUCCCUCGCCAACAGCGCCGAUUACGCCAACCAAGACUCCGUGCCGCCCACCGACACGUGGAAGGAAUCCAAGCCGUUGCUGCCGCUCUCGGGGCAAGCGCGCAACGCCACCGUCCGAUCCGGCGUCACCUCCUUCUUCCGCGUCCCCAGCACGUGUGGCGCCGCAAGCGGCGCCGCAGGAGGCGGUGAAGGGCGAGGAGCAGGGGCAGCGGCGGGGUGGAACACAGGGGUGGGCGGAAGCGGCGGGGACGCGCGGUGGUAUGUGAAUGUGGAGAUAUGGGGGCUCUUUGCGCCGGGCAACGACACGUCCGUGUUUUACCUGCCCAUGCUCAUGCUCAACAGCGCUGGCGAAGUGCCCACCGUGCUGGUUACCAACACGCUGCAGUAUCGCCUGGACGACCAUACGAGCAUAGACUACCCCAAUUUUAGGUCGGGGCAGCCGUACCAGAUAGUGAGCGUGCUGCAGGACGACCUCGUUAAGAACGGCUCCGUUAACGCGACGGGGCUGAUAGUGGGCAUAUUCAGCGACUCGUACAUUGCGGAGGGGCAAGACCUCGGCUUCUCCAUCCGUGCCUUCUGCUCCCAGGGCAGGGGGUGUCCGCUCAACUGCAGUGGGAGGGGCGUGUGCGGGGGAGGGGGAGUGUGCCAGUGCCCCAAGGGGUGGGGCGGCACUGCUUGCGCCGAUGGUGAGACGCAGGGAAUGGGGGCGGGAUUGCGGAGGAUGCAGGUGAGGAUGGGCGUGAAGGUGUGCGGGGAGGGAGGGAGGGAAAAUGCGGGGAGGGAGGGGCAAUUGCAUUCUACGGUCUACCGUCCCUCCUCCCCGUCUUCACCUUUUCGCUCACUUCACUGUCGUCGCUGUCCUACUUGCUCGCACCAGAUGCGCGCUUGCAUUCCGUCCACCCACCAGAUGCGCGCUUGCAUUCCGUCCACCCACCAGAUGCGCGCUUGCAUUCCGUCCACCUCUCAAUCAACGGUUGCCAUUCUCCUGUUCCUGUCAAUUGUGUGUGCCGCUCACCCCAUUUCUCCCCACCUCACUCCAUCCCACCCCAUUUCACCCAUCACCCCAUUGCACCCCUUUUCACCCCUUUUCACCCCUUUUCACUCCUUCUCACCCAUUGUCACCCCUUCUUAUCCCUCAGUGGUGCAUGACAUCCAGCCGGGUCUGCAAACCCUUGCUCCCGGGCAAUGGGCCUUCUUCCAGAUUGAGCCUCUCGAUGACAUGACUUUUGAGUCGACUCAAAAGUCCCUCCCUUCCCUGUCAUCGGUAUCCUGCUACAGCCUGCCUACGUCGCCUGUUCUUCCCUCCUUGCAUCCCCUUUUCCUCUCCCUUCUUGCCCUUUUCGCCCUCCCCCCUCCCCUUCCCGAGGUCACCCAGCCGAGCACCAAACUUCUUAUACAGAUGAAGCGAGCAGCGGGCGACCUUGUGCUAUUCGCCAAGCGACAGGAGCAGGGCUUUCUGCCCUUCGGCAUGCCCACCGUCUUUGACUUCAACGGCUUUGCUGACAUGGACUCCUUCCGCCACCACCUCCCUGCUGCAUCCCAUUCUUGGCUCCCCUUCCUUCUUACCCCUGCUUCCCUCCCUUCCCCCUUUCCCCCCCUCUUACGCCCUCCUGUUCCCCCCCUCCCCCCAUUCCUCCCCCAGGUGACCCAGCCGAGCGCCAAGCUCCUAAUCCAAAUGGAGAGGGCAGCAGGGGAUCUUGUCCUAUUCGCCAAGCGCCAGGAGCAGGGCUUUCUGCCCUUCGGCAUGCCCACCGUCUUUGACUUCAAUGGCUUUGCCGACAUGGACUCCUUCCGCCAGCGCCUCGACCGCCACCAAAUCGUCUGGAACCGCACUGAACCGGGGAUCGUGCUGGUGGCCGUACUGAACAACGACGUGGAUUUGAGGGAGACGGGCGGGUUUCGGCUGGAGUAUCGGCUAGCAGUGGGGAGGGAGGGCAGGGCGCUGUGCCCGUGGGACUGCGGGUGGCCCGCAGGGUUCUGCCAGGCGCUGACGGCGGAUGGAGGGGGAGGUGGGGGAGGGGGAGGGGUUGGGGGCGCGGAGACGCAGGAGACGGGCGGGUUCCGCCUCGAGUAUCGGCUGGCUGUGGGGCGCGAGGGCAGGGCGCUGUGCCCGUGGGACUGUGGGUGGCCUGCGGGGUUCUGCCAGGCGCUGGCGGUGGAUGGAGGGGGAGGUGGGGGAGGGGGAGGGGGAGAUGGGGGCGCGGAGACGCAGUGCGUUUGCAAUCCGGACUCUGCAGGAAGCUUCUGCCAGGGAGGCCUGCAGACAGCAGAGCUGGGCAAGGCAGUGAAGGGCGUGCUGCCUCCGGGGCGAUGGACGUACGUGCAGUUCACCUUCGACCCCACCACCAACAAGCAGAUCGUCAUCAGCUUCACCCGCAAAGGAGGGCAGGCCAGUCUAGUAGCAAGACAAGGCGCCGUCCCCUCUCUCCUGGAGAACGACUAUCGGUUCACGGUGCGUGUGAUGAACGACACGCUGGUGUCGCUGUUUGACGUGGUCAACUCAUCUCGGGAGGGGCCCUACACCUUUGGCAUCUUCAACCUCAACUACCACGUGCACCAGAGCUGCGAGUUCGAGCUUGAAUUCAAGUACAAAGACUCCCCCAGCUUCUUCGACUCGCCCUACAUAAUCAUAAUCUACGCGGUUCUCGCCUUCCUGCUGCUCGUGCUCAUCGUCAUCGUGCUAAGAUGCGUCAUCCGCCGCCCGCCCCCCGCCGCUGCUGACGUGGAGCUCUCCGCUCUCGGUGACAUGGACAGGCACGUGGAGGCGGUGCCAACAGGCGUGGACAGGGCGCUGGUGGAGUCGUUCCCGCUGGUGAAGUUCCGAGACGACCUCUUUGAAUCCUCCGAUGACGCACACUGUGCGGUGUGCCUAGCGGACUAUGACGAGCAGGAGAGUCUGAGGAAGCUGCCGGCGUGCAGCCACUACUUCUUCAUCCUCAUUCCUCUCCCUCUCUGCGCUCCGCCUUCUCCCCCCUUCUCCCCUUCCCCUCGCAGCUGUGCGGUGUGCCUGGCGGACUACGACGAGCAGGAGAGCUUGAGGAAGCUGCCGGCAUGCAGCCACUACUUCCACGUGUCGUGCAUCGGGGAGUGGCUGCGCACGCGCUGCUCCUGCCCCCUCUGCCGCCGCUACGUGCUGCUGCAGCCGCCACAGCCCCAGCAGCCAGAACAGCCACAGCAGGCAGCGCAGCCCUCGGCCUUGCAAGCAGAGCAGGCAGGGCCACUGACGCAGCCCACACAGGCGGAGCAGAACAGCCGGAGGUGUGCGGAGGAGGGUCAGUCGGAGCAGCUGCUGCCAACGCAGUUGGGGCAGAGCAACGAGAGGUCUGAGGAGGAGGAGUCGGAGCAUGGAGAGGAGGAGCAAGUGGCAGAGCAAGGGCAAAAUGCACAUUCACAUGGGCUUAUAAAGGGCAGUGAGAUUAUACAGGGUGCUGGGGAGGAUUGUGCUGUGCAGCGAAAUGGGUGUGGGGGAGUUGUAUCUGCCAAGGAGCAACAAGGGGAGGCUCAGGUGGAUUUGAAACAGCGGCUACAGGAGAACCAUCAGCAACGGCAUGAGGAGCAGGUGGAUGGUGAAAGGGAUGGGCAGUGGCAUGAAGAGGAGAGACUGAUGAAGCGGGAGGGGGAGGAGGGGAUGAAGCAGGAGGCAUGUGAAGGGGAGAAUGAUGUGAUUUAUAACCCAGAGCCAGCUCUAGAAGGCUUGUUGGAAAGAGAUGGAAGGCAGCAUGGGGAGCGUCAUGGGGAAGUUAAUGCAGAUCGGGCUGAACAUGCGUGCAUUAGCAGGAUGCCAUAA